AUGUCCCCCCCGUCGCCCAACACCGCGCGAGGGCGCUCCAGCAGAACACGCCUCUUCUUCUCAGGCGCUCCCUUUUCGCGCAGCCGAAGCGACAACACAACAGCCUCCGCGAACCACGCCCCGGAAGGCGGGGGCAGGCCAUCGGCAGCCACGUCGUCAGCGGUGCCGUCGAGGCCUAGCGCGGGCGGCAUCAGCGACGGCGACAUCAAGCUGGAUUUCAACACGUCGCCACCGUCGGCCGCGCCCUCCGAGCAGUACCGCCGCGCGAGCACGGACGGCUCUACGACGUUCCGCGACACGCCCAAUGCCGCAAUCUCGCAGCGCCUGGGAGGCCCUGACGUCAACCAGUUUCUGGGCGGCUCGGGAAGAAGUCCGGGCGCGGCGCAGGCGGAGAGGAGUGCGGGCGAGCGGAUGCGGGAGGAGCUGUCGCGCCUUGCCAUGCUGGAGGAGACGCCGGAGGACGACGACUGGCUGGGCGGGGAGCUGCUGCGCGCCAAGACUGACGGCGCAGCCAAUGCGGAGAGGCGCGCCAUGAUGCGCGGAAUCACUAGCGGCGUCGGCGGCAGUCGUCCAGGUUCGGGAGGGAGCCGCAACUCGCAUGCCGCCAACGAGGGGCUCGGCGGAGCUGCGGCGGAAGAGUCGCUUUGGCCGGUGGGCGCGGCGGCAUGGAAUGCGGGCGAGCUCCCCGCGCUGUUCACCCACUCCAUGCCGUUUGCCCCGCCCCCCCGAGUCGCUGCCUCUGCCGCUCCGCUUGCCCAAGGGGCCCCCGCCGCCGAAUGGGGAGCGUUCCCCGAGUACGGGGCGAUGGGCGGUGUCAGUGCGGCGGAGGCGCGCGCACUGAAUCGGAGCAACAGCAGCGGAAACAAGGCGUGGAACCCGUCGGAUGGCGCAAGCAACGCGGGUAACGUGCCGCUGUUUCCGUCCAUCAGCAGCAGCAAAGGCAGCAGCAGUUUCGUCGGCUCCCGCCGAGCCUCUUCGAGCGGCGGCCAGCGAUCCAUGGAGCAAUUUGAGAUGCAAGCUGGGCUUAUAUCGGGUACGAUGGGCAGAGAGCAGGCGGCGAAACCGCCGCUACAGCAGCAGCUGCCGCACCUACGGCAACAGCCUAACCCGCUUCAGCGCCUGUACCCAUCCGCGGUGGUCCCGCAAUCCGCGGCGCUCCCGCAAUCCGCGGCGCUCCCGCGGAACGUGUUGGCUUUGCGCCGGCCCAGCAGCAGCAGCGGGACCGCCGCUUCAAGCGUCACAGGGUUCGCGCGUGCGACGGGCGGAGAGUCGUCUAGCUCCAUGUCGCCCGACGCCACCUCCACGGACGACGACGGCGGGGUGUGCGACGCGGAUUUCCUGUCGGCGCCGAUCGCGCGGUCGGGGCCCGUGGCGUACGGGCGAGUGGGUUUGACGGCUCGCGGGGGAGGGGCGCAGCCUAUGGCGCAACGAGGGCCUUCCGCGCUGCGGUUACCGGCAGCCGGUCGCAACCUGCCGCCGUCGCUGCUGCAGAAGCUGCAGUCGCUGCAGCAGCUCACGCAACCAUCGCCCGCACCUCCUGCAAUGGGCGAGCCUGCUUCUGCUGCCCCUCCAGCCUUCGACGCCACCACCGACGCCAAGCCACGCGUGUGGGACCGACUCACAGCCCCGGCUGCGCCCUCUGCCAACACGCCUCCCAUGGGCGGUGCUGCGCAAGGGGAUGCGCGCAGUGGCUCGUCUGUGGCGUCCAGCGGGUCACACGGGGGGUCUCACAGCGCGGAGCACGCACUGUCAGACGGGGAGGGCAAUGAGGAGGACAGCACGGCAGGCGAGCCACCGAGUGCAUGCCUCAACUGGCAGGGUGUGGAGAGCCUGUGUCGGGACAUGGAGCUGGACCGGCGCCCCAUAGAGUCCAUUGACAUCAUCAUCCCAGCCCCCGACACGCCAGGCACCACCGCGGCCGGCGCUGCCUCCAGUGUGGUGUACGGGCUGCGCUUCGCUGGCACUGGCGAGUGGCAGCAGCCCGCCUGUGAGGCGCGUGCGGGGGUCGAGGUCGCGCGCCGAGCCCUCCCCAGCAUGCCGUCGGGCGGGUCCGCGCGUUCCACGCCGCGGCGCACGGCGGGGGGCGUUUCGCGCUCGUACACGGACGAGCUGCAGCAGCAGUCGCCGCUCAUGACGGCCGCGUCCUCCGCCUCCCCGGGCGCCUUCGGCGGCGGCUCGUCGCGCUUCUCCGCGGGCGGCGACGAGGCGGCGGCGGAGCUGCUCAUCGGCAUUCCGCCCAAGCGCCGCGCGGGCAGCAGCAGCUCCACGGGAAGCUUCCAGGAGCGCGACCGCAAGACCGUGUGGUUCGGCCGCCCGGGCCACGGCGCGGUCGGCAUCUCCGGCGUGGAGAGCGACGCGGGCAGCAGCGCGGGCAGCCUGGGGGGGGAGGGCUCCGCCUUCGGCAACUCGCUGACCGGCCCCGCGAGCUCGCGCCUGAACGGGCUGCUGUUCGGCGGGGGGAGCGGCGGGGGGGGCGGAAUGUCGUCGUCGAUGGUGGGCGAGGAGGAGACGAUGCCCAUCGCGGGCACCGUGGGCGAGCCCAGCCCGUCGCACGGCGGCACGCUGCGCGACUACUCGAUGCGCGGCGGCAAGCACUUCUGGACGUGCGAGCGCGUGGUGCUGGCGUGCGCGCUGGUGGGGCUGCUCGUGUCCAGCUCGCUGCUGCUCGUGCUCUGGCUCUCGGGCGCCAUGAACAAGUCCGCGCCUCCGCCCAUGGACCCGGCAGUGUCGCAGGCGGCUCCCGCGCCCCCCGCGCAGUCACAGUGGGGGGAGCAGAGCAGCGGGCAGGGGGGCGACGCCGCAGAGGGGGAGGGAGGCGGGGGGGAGCAGGCAAGCACAGACGGGUCAGGGGGGGCAGGCGGGGGGGAAGAGGGCGCGUGCGCGGGCCCGUGCUGCAGCUCGCGCGCGCCUGCCGUGGCGGGCAGCACCGCCACCAUGCCCUCCGUCUGGUGGUCCGCCGCGCUCCACCACGGAGCGCAGGUGCAGUUGCAGGCGUCCAACGGGCUGUGGGUGGGGCCGCGCCUGCCAGCGGGGCGGUGGGCGGAGCCUGGCGCGUAUCACGAGGGCGCGCCCGCGUCCGAGUUCUACACCGUGGAGCGCGACGACACGCAGGGCCACGGCAGCGGGGCGGUGCGCCUGCGCACGCCCCAGGGCACGUACCUGACGUGCGCGCGCGAGCUCACUGUCACGGGGCUCGACGCCUCCGCCACCCCCGCCUCGCUGCUCUCCAUCGAAGUGGUGGAGGGCAUACCGCAGAAGGCGCGCAUACAGUGCAGCGACGGGUCGUUCAUGGUGGUGGAGGAGUCGGGCAUCCUCAUGCGCUCGCGCAACCGCGAUGUGGCCGAGGCAUUCGCUGUGCGCGAGGCCAUGCAGCUGCCCGCCUUCCGCGGCGUGGGCCUCCCGGGGUGGCUGGUGCUGGAGGGCUGGCUGCGCCCGGACCUGUUCCGCCGCGUGCCCGUGUACAUCGACGGGCUGCAGUUCUCCCUGCAGUCGCUCUACACGGGGAGCUUCCUGCAUGUAGACCCGGCGAAUGGGUUCCGGCUGGUGGCCAAGGGAAUGCAGGCGGGCGACUGGGCGUCGUUCCACAUGCGCACGCUCACGCUGGAGGACCGCCACCUGCACGAGGUGCGCUCGCUCGACUUCUCCUUCUGGUCGCUGCACAACUCCUCCUCCCCGCCCGCCAACGCCUCCGCUGCUGCAGGCUCUGGCGCCCCAGCAGCACCAGCGGGAGGCGGUGGGGGCAUGGCGGAGGUGCGCAGCGACGUGGCGAACCCAGGUGGCGAGGGCCUGGAGACGUUUCGGUUUGUGUUCCACGGUGCGGAGGCGCGGUGGGUGAUGAUCCAGGCGCCCAACGGGCGGUUCCUCUCCGUGAACGACGACGGCAGCGUGACGGCGUCCGUGCCGGCGGAGCAGGUGAACACGGCGGUGGGCAGCUGGGCGUGGACCACGGGUGUGGCGUUCCUGCUCGUGCACAACACGGCGGUGCGCGGCGAGUGGCAGAUGGGGCGGCACUGGGGGCCGGACGAGGUGGAGAAGCGCCUGGAGCAGCACCGCAGCACGUGGGUGACGGAGGAGCACUUUGGUGCGCUGCAGCAGGCGGGGGUGAACGCCGUGCGCGUGCCCGUGGGGUACUGGAUUGCGGAGGAGGGCAAGGCGGAGGGGGAUGUGGGCGCGGGGGGCCCGCUGUACCCGUUCAGCAAGGGCGGGCUCAAGUACCUUGACUGGGCCUUUGACAUGGCCGCCAAGUACGGCAUGCGAGUCAUGCUCUCCUUGCACGCGGCACCGGGGUCGCAGAACGGGUACGAGCACUCAGCGUCGCGGGACGGCAUCCCGGACUGGGCAGCAUCACAGGUGAACAUAGACCGCACGGUGGAGGCCAUUGACUGGUUCGCCCAGCGCUACGCCACCAACGACGCCUUCGCCGGCAUCGCGCUGCUCAACGAGCCGCUGGAAGAGGCCAUCUCCGCGGAGACUCUAGGGAACUACUACGAGCGCGCGUACGCGGCGGUGCGCGUGCACUCGCAGUGCGCGUACGUGGCGAUCAGCGCGCGUGUGGGCGCGGAGGCGACGGAGGUGCUGGACUUCCUGGCGGACGAGGCGCAGUUCACCAACGUCAUCCACGACGAGCACUUCUACAACAUCUUCCAUGACGCCCCCAAGUCCACCGCCACUCACGCUGCAGCCGCCACGGAUCCCGCUGCUAUCGACCCUGCUGCCAACACGGCCGCCACGGGGGACGCUUGGGGCGGCGCCGGCGCUGCUUCAGGCAACCUGUCGGCGGUGCUGAGCUUUGUGCUGACGACGCGCGUGAAGGAACUGGGGCUGCUGCAGCCGGCAGGGAGCGAGCGUGUGGCGAUGGUGGGCGAGUGGUCGCUGGCGGUGGAGGGGCAUGACAGUGUGGACGAUGCGGGCAUGGCGGGUCUGGCGUCCGCACAGCUGGCGGCGUAUGCACGUGCACGCGCCGGGUGGUUCUUCUUCUCACACCGCAUGGGCCGCCCACAGUUCCCGCGUUUUAGCUUCCUUGACUCGCUCGGGCGUGGGUGGCUGUCGCUGCAGGGUGGUGGCGGGUGGUACUAG